UCUCCUUCUCCCUCUCCUCCCCUCUCCUCCCCCCUCCUCCCCCGCCCUUUCACACUCGUUUCUACAUCUUCUCUCACAAACCGACACCUUUUCCCCCCUUGGCUUUACGCACAACUACAAACCAUCUGGACACAACUAACAACUCUGCGGUCAUCAUGACCGAUUCCGACUUGGACGAGAUGGAGACGGAAACUGGGCAGCUACCGGCUUUCCAAGGCGCCACGAAAGCGAUACGUCCUGAAAUCAUUAACCGUACGAAUGCCUACCUCGAGAAGCUGAUGGCUAUCUCUCGUCCUAAGAACAACCUCCCUCCCGCCAAGGCCACCCGCCCUCCAUCUCCUACAAUGGCACCCGCCCAGACUUCUGGUCCUCUACCGCCCCACCUGAGACCUGUUAGGGAUAAGGGUGUUGCCGGUCCCCGUCUGGACGAUGCCAAAAAACUGCCCCCACCUUCUCCUUCACUGCUUCCUUCGGAGCAUUUCACUACCCCUAGUUUUUCCUGCCCCCCGUCCUCUCCCAUAUCACCGAAUUCACCUCUGAUGACUACUGCUCACGAGAAUAGUCGUCUUUCACCUCCGGACUCGACCUCUGAAGAGUUUUAUCCACACAAGAAGAGAACUUCGGUUGAAGCUAAGAUCAAAUCUUCCAGCGCCGAGUAUGCCAGGCCUGGCAACACGAAGUCCGUACCUCGUGCUCCGUCUAUUGAUAUCGACGAGAAUGAUGAAGGCACCUCGAUCGGUUUGUUGCGCAACCUUGUUAAUGCCGUUCCCAAGACUAUGAUUAUGGUUCCUGGUAAGCUACUCAUAGACUUGCUUGAAGCCCACAAGAGCAUCAAGAUCCGUUUGGACGCUACUGUGGACACCCUCUUGGAUUACCAGGAGGACCAAGCCAGGGUCAAUAUCGCGAAGGACUACUUCAUACACUUUAUACAGAACAGCGGCUUUGACGCCAAAGGCUUGUGGUGGAAGUCGUACAAGGCGGCCGAUACGUGGAUCGACGCUGUACUCGCUGACGAGCAAACGUACAUCGGUGUCACUCCCGAUGACCUCGACGAAGAAUCGUGGUUGGCCGAAGUCCUGCGCUUGCGUGGACUCCCAAUUCCCGACCGUCGUGAAUCGGUGGUUGAUGGAAAUGAGAAUCCUGCGGAUAACGAGACGGCGAAGCCAUCACCUGUCAAGAAAGCAGUUUCAUCGAUUCAACUCGCGCACGAUGUCAAGCGGGCUGUUGCAGACAUGGAGCGCCAACAUGCAUUGGGCAUCCUCCCGAAAGAAGACAAGCCUAAGUUUUUCGCUCCUUUACCUGCCAGGGUUUCAAUUCCUGUACCUGUACCGACCAUUCAUCCGCGCCCAUUGUUGCCAGUAGACACCAAGGUGGACCAGAUCGGCAUCCAACAGGAACGAUUCGAGCGACCUAUGUCUCCCCCAGUGUUUCAUCUCACGUCCAAAGAGCAGAACAACCAGUGGCCUGCUCAGGUGAAGCAUCAGAAGAGCUCGCCACCGCUUCGCAUCUAUUAUCCGCCCGGCAACGAUUCUGAGACGGAUCAUGACGAGCUUCUUAAGGACCCGGGUAUCCCUUCAGGAGGUUCCGUCGGCUACUAUAUGUCCGACUACUCGGAUAUGCCCGUGGUCACCCAACAGCUUCGACCUAGUGCGCCUAGGCAAAUCGAACCCACGCCUAGGCAAAUCGAACCCGCGCCUAGGCAAAUCGAACCCGCGCCUAGGCAACCCGAACCUGCGCCUCCAGUGGAUGAUACGCCCGUCUACUACGGUGAAAGCUUUGACCUCCUUGCCGAAGAACAGGAACGAGGUUUGGGACUCGACUGGUUCGAGGGAAGACGUUCUGCUGAGAGAGCGCACUGGGCCGACCGUGGUCUUUCGCCUCGGCUUCAGACUCGGGGACUUCGUCCCCCGAAGCGCGAUGGCAACAGUGAGGAUGAAAGGUCACCGUACCUCCGCGACGGAAAGCUUGACCCUCGUUACCGUAAGGUGACCAUCACGCAUCUUCCCCGCAUUAUUCAAUACCACGAAGCAUUGCCUAUGGUCAGAGGGGGUCCCAUCGAAGUGAUGCGUCUCCGUCACGAUGAUCAGGAAGGCCAAAAAGCUACCUACACGAGCCUUGAGGUCACUUUUCUCACACCGGAGCAAGCUUGGAACUACUUCCAUUGGAUGAGUUCGGCUCCCGUCUACUUCCAGGAAAGGGUUCUCAAAGUUGUGAUGGAGCAGGUACCGCCAUUGCCCAGUGGAGGGGAACUGUUCAGCCGCGACAACUGCCGCGUAUUCACAGCAAUUCCCGGUAGACGUGCGAUGGGGCACAACUGCGCGAGUGUCUCGGAAUUCGUCAAGAGGACCCCUUUACCUCCCGCUCUAACCGAGUAUCUCAAAGCCGACGUCUUCGUACACCAGAUGGACGGUCCUGGUGUUUUCAAAGUUGAAUAUACCAACUUUAGCACUGCGAUCUACGUCAGGCGCUUCCUAACCAUGAACGGGUGGACUACCUGGCCUGCUUUUGAUGUCACGUGCCAACCUAUUGACUCACUUCCCAAGCAGCGAAUCUUCGGUUGCGUGUUGAGCAACUGGGAUUCCCCCCAGUUGUGAGUGGUGGUACUGUGGCCCGGCUGACAAAAAGUUGCGAUUUUCUAGUACGACCAUAAUGUGUUCCGCGGCGGUGGUUCCCCUUGCUCUUUUCCUAGGUAUCUCUCUUUCAUUCUGCUCUGUGCCAUUUGUGAUUUCGGUCCUUGGACUGUUUAAUAAGAAAAGUUCUU